CUAAUCUCAACUCUACUUACCUGGAAAUUGGAAUGAAACUAUUUUUUUGUAUACAUAGUCUCUCUAAACUGUUUCUAUAUAAAUAAUAAUUUUAAAUGAAUAUCAUGCAUAAACAAUUUUACACUGGCUUCUCCUAAGGUGUAUUUAUUGUUAGUUAAAGUCAAAUUAACAAAGCUAACAUGAAUUUUAUAAAACUUGUUAGUAUUCGAAACUUUUCUUCGAGUCGAAACAUUCCUCGAGUUUGUAUAGUCGGCGCUGGACCUGCAGGUUUUUAUGCGGCUAUGCACAUAACAAAAAAUCUUCCAGCAGUCAAUGUUGACAUAAUUGAGAAGCUACCUGUACCAUUUGGCUUAAUAAGGUAUGGAGUAGCACCAGAUCACCCAGAAGUAAAAAAUGUUAUAAAUCAAUUUACUAAAGUUGCUCAGCAGCCCAAUGUAAAUUUUUAUGGCAAUGUUACUUUGGGGAAAGAUAUUAGAAUCAGCCAACUUCGGCAACAUUAUGAUGCUGUUUUACUGACAUAUGGUGCAGAAGAAGAUAAAACUCUGGGUAUAGAAAAUGAAGAGGCUGACAAUAUUGUAGCAGCUCGUAGAUUUGUUGGAUGGUACAAUGGCCUGCCUAGUGAUAAAGACUUGAAGAUAGAUUUAUCUGGUGACACUGCUGCUAUUCUUGGACAAGGAAAUGUUGCACUAGAUGUAGCAAGAAUAUUAUUAACACCAAUAAAUGAACUUAAAAGUACUGACAUAACUGAUCAUGCUCUGAAUGCUUUAGCUGAAUCCAAAAUAAAAGAAGUAUAUUUGAUUGGAAGAAGAGGCCCAUUACAAGUGGCUUUUACUAUUAAAGAACUUCGGGAACAACUAAAAUUAAGUAAUUGCCAAACAGUUUGGAGAAAUCAAGACUUUGAAGGAGUAGAAAAUAUGAUUAAUGAUUUACCUAGACCUAGAAAAAGGUUAACAGAACUUAUGUUGAAGUCUCUGAAUGAAUAUAAAAGUAUACCUAUUCAUAAUGAUAACAAAUUGUUUAAACCAAUAUUUUUCAGAGCCCCUAAAAAAAUUUUAGUUAAUAGCCACAAAAAAAUUACUGGGAUUGAUCUAAUUUGCAAUGAAUUACAGGGGAAUAAGUUGGAAGAACAGAAGUGUGUGGCAACAGCAAAUACUGAAAUCUUAAACUGUAGUUUAGCAUUUAGAAGUAUUGGGUAUAAAUGUGUCAAAGCAGAUGAUGAGAUUGUUUUCAAUUCUAAUGGGUUGGUGGAAAAUAGUAAAGGUAUUGUAGACAAUAAUUCUAAUACUCUGGCAAAACUUUAUGUAGCUGGCUGGCUUGGCACUGGCCCUAUUGGAGUGAUAUUACAUACAAUGGGAAAUGCUUUUCAAGUAGCAAAAGUCAUGUGUGAUGACUUGAAAAAUAAGGACUGUUUCACUGAUAAAGGUGGUUUUGAAGAAAUAAAAAAAAAUUAUAUAAAAAAUAGUAGUCCUAUUGUAAAUUGGGAAGGCUGGGAGAGAAUUGAUAAAUAUGAAAUUGAACAAGGUAAAUUGAGAAAUAAACCAAGAGAAAAGGUAUGUAGUAUAGAAAAAAUGAUAGAUAUAGCUAUAAUUUAAUUUUUUUUUUAUUUUUAUAAUGACUUGGAAUGUGCAUAGAUUGCUGUUAAAUUUAUAUUGAAUCAAAUGAAUUAUUAAAUACAUAUUUUUAUACUUCACUUUGAAAUAUAGGUGAUAUUAAUAAAUUAAGCUAUAAAGAUAAUUUCCAAUUACAAUUUUUUGUAUAAUUUGAUUACAUCAUUAAAUUAUAUAUAUAAUAUGUAUCUGUAGGUACAAUUUUUAUAAUUUUACUGAAAAUAAAUUAUUU